CUACCUCCACAUCUCCAGCUCUAAACCCGAGGUCGACAGCUAGCUCUAUCAGACAUGUAUCACGAGUAACGGAUGACACCUUGUUUCAUUCAUUCUCUUUCGACCAGUCUUAAUAUUCUGUAUCUCUUCUACAGCAAUAGCACCAAGGCCACCACAUUUUCAGCAAACCACUGAAGAACUUUAGCUGGCUCCAGACAUGGUCAUCCAUUUGGAACCGAAGUCGCUGUACGCCACGCGUGGCAAUGAUGCAGACGAGAAUGUUAGAGUCCGAGAUCAGCUUGCGCCUGAGACAGAUCAGUAUGGCUACAGAAUCAGGGAGCAGCCCAUGGGUACGAAGAGGAAGAUCAAAGUCAUUCUGAUGGGCGCGGGUGCUUCAUCGCUCAACUUCUUCAAGAAGGCUGAAGAAGAUAUGGAAGAACUGGAAAUGGUCUGCUAUGAAAAGAAUCGCGACAUCGGCGGAACUUGGCUGGAAAACCGAUACCCUGGCUGUGCCUGCGAUAUACCCUCAGUCAACUACCAGUUCUCGUGGAAGAUCAAACUGUGGUCGCACUACUACUCAUAUGCACCUGAGAUCUGGGAGUACCUCAAGUCUAUCGAACGCGAGAAUGAUUUCAUCCAAAAGUACAUCAAACUACGGCAUCAGAUCGAACACGUCGAAUGGGACGAUGAAGCUGGGUUGUGGCGACUCAAAGUGCGCAGUCUUGUCACGGACGAGGUCUUCGAUGACAGUGCAGAGUUCUUCGUCAACGCAGGUGGGGUCUUGAACAACUGGAAAUGGCCUGACAUACCCGGCUUGAAGACAUUCAAGGGCAAGCUGAUGCACUCUGCACAUUAUGAGGAGGAUUACGAUCUCGCCAACAAACGAGUGGCGGUCAUAGGAGCCGGUAGCUCGGGCGUGCAAAUUGUUGCAGCAAUACAACGGAAAGUCCACCACCUGUAUCACUGGGUGCGUUCGCCGAUCUGGAUAACAGCAGGCUUUGCGCAGACAUGGGCUGGCAAGAAUGGCGCGAAUUUCCGUUAUAGCGAAGGACAGCUCAAAUUCCUUCAAGACAACCCAAAGAAAUACAUUGAAUACCGCAAACAGAUCGAAAACGAGCUUAAUCAGCGCUUCAAGUUCAUCAUGAAAGGCAGCGAAGCAGCCCGUGUCGCACGUGAAUAUGCAGACACAGAGAUGCGGAAGAAACUCAACAACAACCCCCGCCUCAUCGAAAAGAUGAUCCCAAAGAACUUCAACCCCGGCUGUCGUCGACCCACCCCGGCACCUGGCUACCUCGAAGCCCUCGUCUCACACAACACGACCACCUUCACCGACCCCAUUGGCUGCAUCACAGAAACCGGCUUCAUCGACCACGAAGGCAACGCCCACGACAUCGACGUCAUCCUCUGCGCAACCGGCUUCGACACCUCCUGGCUCCCCCGCUUCUCCUUCAUUGCCAACGGUACCGACCUGCGCACUUUCUGGGGCGGCGAGUCUGGCGUGACAUCGUACCUGAGCGUCGGCAUCCCGACCUUCCCCAACACCUUCUCCUUCUGUGGCCCCUAUGGACCUCUGGGCCACGGCUCCUUCAUGCCGCUCAUCGAGCAGUGGACGCGCUACAUAUUCGCAUGCAUCACCAAGUGCCAGGUCGAAGACAUCAAGUCCCUAACGCCCAGAAUGGACGCAGCCCGGCAGUUCCGCCAGCACGCCGAUCUGUUCUUGCAGCGCACGGCGUGGACGAGUCCGUGUCGAAGUUGGUUCAAGCAGGGUAAGACGGAUGGACAGGCGGCGAUUUGGCCGGGGAGUAGGCUGCAUUUUCUGAAAAUCAUAGAGACGCCUAGGUAUGAAGAUUAUGAGAUCGUGUAUCGGAAUGAGAACAUGUUUGCGUUUCUGGGUAAUGGGUUCGAGACGAGAGAAUUCGAUGGUAGGGACAUUACGAACUACCUGGGGUGUCUUGAUGAUGACGGCAGAGACGUGCAGCCUGACUAUGACAAGAGUCUGUUGGACGUGUUGGGUGGGUUUACGUUGGAUGAGAGUUAUGUGGUGAGAGGAGGGUAGUUGCAGAAGAUGGCGUGGAGGUCUUCGCGUGCUCGAUACCGCAGUUGCAAAGAUAUAGGUUGAAGUGACACAUUGUUUCAAUUGCACACUAAAGAUUUCGCACGUCUCCUCUCAAACAUGCGCAAA